AUGUCAGUGUUCACCACACAUAAUAGAAACAACAGCGAUAUCCUUGGUAUACCUUCUUCCCCAGGGAGUUCCUCGCUGAAUGUCCUCACCCAUGGUAGCAGACCUGAGCUGCAUUUGAUGUCGGAUAUGACAGAAUGUGAACACGAUGAUCCAUUAUUGAGAUCAGCAAGGAAAAUCAGAGACAUUAACAGUACUUAUGUGAUUUCUGCCUGUAAAAAAACAGGAGAUGUACCUCUGACCCCUAACCCUGUAGGUAGAUUGGCACUUCAGAGAAGAGUCACAAGGAACAAAGAAUCCUCUUUGCUUAGCAGUGAGUUGGGAGACUCCGCCGAAAACACUGCAGAAACACGUCUUACGUUGCGGCGGCGUGCUAAAACAGAAUCAGUGGAGAAGCGGAAAACAGCUCAAACAGAUUGUGGGGAAAAGUGGAAAACAACACAGAAUGUGGGCAGUGCAGCCGAAAAUGAUGGUGCUUCACUGGAAGCUAGUACAAAUGUAAGGACUGUACAUAAAGAUAAAAACCCUUGUAUUGCACCGGUUGUACCUUUAGCGGACCCAAAACGCAUUGAAAUGACGGCCACUGAAAACCACAAAGAGACAUUUGUUGCCCUCCCUGGGGCAAAUGAAAAGGUCACACUUAAGUACUUAAGUAACAGAGCACCCACUGAUUCCCAGGGUCAGACUGAAGCUAUUCCAUCGGGACGCUUGGCAACCAAACCUCUUCUGAGCAAGGUGAACAUCAAAGUGUCGGGGAACCUACCUCACAGAAGUAUUGGGAAGGAUACUGCAAAAUCUGCAAAUAAAUUUGAAAGCUUAGAAAAAAGAAGAACACCUACAAAAUAUAUCGCAGGACACCGAUUGACACCGAAGUGUGACACGCCACAGCUGACGAGCCCAGCUGCGUUGUCACUGCUGAAAAAGAGGGUGCCUAGCCUGCAAGCUACACAAAAGCGAACAAGUUCUCUGCCUGCAAAUGAAAGGGAAAGGUCACGAGAAAAUACACUCCCUCUUGAAGAGGAAACCGCAGGUCGGAACCCCCCUGCAGAGACAGACCCCUUAAAGGUGGAGAACAGUCAAGUGAUAGUGGCAGUACGGGUGAGGCCUUUCAGCAAGAGAGAGAAGGUUGAAAGAGCAUCCCAGGUGGUCUUCAUGAAUGGAGAGGAAAUAGCUGUGGAACAUCCCGACAUGAAACAAGUUUAUAAUUUUAUUUAUGAUGUUGCAUUCUGGUCUUUUGAUGAAUCCCAUCCAAACUAUGCCAGCCAGACAACUGUUUAUGAGACCCUAGCUAUUCCGCUCCUGGAACGAGCCUUUGAAGGCUACAAUGCCUGUCUCUUUGCUUAUGGUCAGACCGGCUCUGGAAAAUCAUAUACGAUGAUGGGACUUAGUGAGGAACCAGGAAUAAUUCCAAGGUUUUGUGAAGAUCUUUUUGCUCAAGUAGCCAAAAAACAAACCCAAGAGGUCAGCUACCACCUUGAAAUGAGCUUUUUUGAAGUAUAUAAUGAAAAAAUUCAUGACCUUCUGGUUUGUAAAGGUGAAAAUGGGCAGAGAAAGCAACCACUGAGAGUAAGGGAGCAUCCUGUUUCUGGACCAUAUGUUGAAGCUCUGUCAAUGAAUGUUGUCAGUUCUUACUCUGAUAUCCAGAGUUGGCUAGAAUUGGGAAAUAAACAAAGAGCGACGGCUGCUACUGGUAUGAAUGAUAAAAGCUCCCGAUCGCAUUCAGUUUUUACCCUGGUGAUGACCCAGACCAAGAUAGAAUCUGUGGAAGGUGAAGAACAUGAUCACAGAAUAACAAGUCGGAUAAACUUGAUAGAUCUGGCGGGCAGUGAACGCUGCUCCACAGCUCAGACUAGUGGAGAGCGCCUAAAGGAAGGUGUGAGUAUUAACAAGUCCCUGCUCACAUUGGGAAAGGUUAUAUCUGCGCUUUCUGAACAAGCAAACCGGAAGAGAGGUUUUGUUCCUUACCGUGAAUCUGUUCUUACAUGGCUGUUAAAAGAAAGUCUGGGUGGAAACUCAAAAACUGCAAUGAUUGCUACAGUCAGUCCUGCUGCCAGCAACAUUGAGGAAACAUUAAGCACGCUUAGAUACGCCAGCCAAGCCCGCAUGAUAAUCAAUAUCGCCAAAGUAAAUGAAGAUAUGAAUGCUAAGUUAAUUAGAGAAUUGAAAGCGGAAAUUGAAAAGCUAAAAGCUGCUCAAAGAAACAGCCGAAAUAUUGACCCCGAACGAUAUAGGCUGUGCCGGCAAGAAAUUACAUCCUUAAGAAUGAAACUGCAUCAACAGGAAAGAGACAUGGCGGAGAUGCACAGAGCCUGGAAAGAAAAAUUUGAACAAGCCGAAAAAAGAAAACUUCAAGAAACAAAGGAGUUACAGAAAGCAGGAAUUACAUUUCAAAUGGACAACCAUUUGCCAAACCUUGUCAAUCUCAAUGAAGAUCCUCAGCUAUCAGAGAUGCUGUUAUAUAUGAUAAAAGAAGGAACAACGACAGUUGGAAAGUAUGGACCAAACUCAAGCCAUGAUAUUCAGUUAUCUGGGGUGCUGAUUGCUGAUGAUCACUGUAUUAUAAACAAUUCUGAUGGGAUAGUGAGUAUCAUCCCAGUUGGAGAGGCAAAGACAUAUAUAAAUGGAAAACAUAUUUUGGAAUCCACAGUAUUACAUCAUGGUGAUCGGGUGAUUCUUGGUGGAGAUCAUUAUUUUAGAUUUAAUCAUCCAAUAGAAGUCCAGAAAGGAAAAAGGCCAUCUGGUAGAGAUACUCUUAUAAGUGAGGGUCCAAAAGACUUUGAAUUUGCAAAAAAUGAGUUGCUCAUGGCACAGAGAUCACAACUUGAAGCAGAAAUAAAAGAGGCACAAUUGAGAGCGAAGGAAGAAAUGAUACAAGGAAUCCAAAUUGCAAAAGAAAUGGCUCGGCAAGAGCUUUCCUCUCAAAAAGCUGCAUAUGAAAACAAAAUAAAAGCAUUGGAAGCAGAACUGAAAGAAGAGUCUCAAAGGAAGAAAAUGCAGGAAAUAAAUAACCAAAAGGCUAAUGACAAAAUCGAGGAAUUAGAAAAGGCAAAACAGCGUCUUGAACAAGAAAUAUAUGUCAACAAAAAGCGAUUAGAAAUGGAGACUUUGGCUGCAAAACAGGCUUUAGAAGACCACAGCAUCCGCCAUGCAAGAAUUCUGGAAGCUUUAGAAACUGAGAAGCAAAAAAUUGCUAAAGAAGUACAAAUCCUACAGCAAAAUCAGAGUAAUAGGGAUAAAACUUUUUUAAUUCAGCCAAAUUGGAGCUCUAUGAAACUCUCAAUGAUGAUUCAGGAAGCGAAUGCCAUCAGCAACAAAUUUAAAAAAUAUUAUGUUUUUGGCAGACAUGAUGUAUCAGAUAAAGGAAGUAGUUCGGACACUUCUGUGCGGGUUCGUAACUUACAACUAGGGAUCUCAACUUUCUGGAGUCUGGAAAAAUUUGAAUCUAAGCUGGCAGCAAUGAAAGAACUUUAUGAGACUUCUAUCGGUGAAGAUAUCUUUUGUGAUCCUGAAGAUGAAUGGGAACCUGACAUUACAAAUGCACCAGUUUCUUCCCUUUCUAGAAGGAGGAGCAAAAGUUUGAUGAAGAACAGGAGAAUUUCUGGUUGUUUACAUGAUAUACAAGCCUACCCAAUUCAGAAUUUGCAUUCUUCCCAUUCAUCAGGCUUACUGGAGAAAUCGAGCACCAUUUCCCCAAGUUCAGCAGAAUCUUUUCUUCCUGGAAUUUGCAAAGAAUUGAUUGGGUCAUCGUUAGAUUUUCUUGGACAGAGUUAUGAUGAAGAAAAAAGCAUGGCAGACAGCCUGAUUAAUAAUUUUCUUAAAAUUUAUCAUGGGCUAUUUGCCAUUUCCAAAGCUCAUGAAGAACAAGAUGAAGAAAGUCAAGAUAACUUGUUCUCUUCUGAUCGAGCAACCCAGUCACUUACUAUCCAGGUCACAUGUGCUUUUGAGCAGCUUGUGGUUCUAAUCAAACACUGGCUGGAUGAUAUUCUACCUUGUACCAGCACAGCAAGACUUGAAGAUGAACUGAGACAAGAGGUUAAAAAACUAGGAGGCUACUUACAGUUAUUUUUGCAGGGAUGCUGUUCAGAUAUCUCAUCAAUGGUAAAAGAAGCUCAAAACAAAAUAAUCCAAAUUGUACAACAAGCUGUGAAGUAUGUGGGACAGUUAGCAGUUCUUAAAGGGAGCGAGCUACAUUUUCUGGAAAACAGUAGCAAUAAGGCUACCAGUGUUCAGGAGGAUUUCAUGGAUGCUCUUUGUGAUGGUGUAGGCUUAGGAGUGAGGAUUCUAUUAGAUUCUGGACUAGAAAAAGCAAAAGAACUUCAGCAUGGACUCUUAAGGCAGUGUACCCAAAAUGAGGUUACCAAACAGAUGAAAGCUAAUGCCAUGGGAUUGAUUGGAUCUCUUGAAAACAUCUUUGCUGAGUGGAAAACAAAAAGUUUCAGAAGCGAACUACAAGAAAAUUCUGGAUACCAAGAUUUGAAGAAGAUGGUUAAUCUUGCUCCAAAAUUCUUGAAGUUAAAACAUUGCUUAGAGCAAACUAUUCAAAUUAUUAUUUCUGCACUGAGAGGAUGCCACAGUGACAAAAAUCUUCUCAAGAAUUGUGUUGAAAGUCUGUGCAACUUGACCAAGGAUUUUCAUGAUGACUUCAGCAUUCACUCUGCUUCUCUUGACAGCUGUGAGAAGAGAAUGCCUCAGGGCAGCCACAGGGGGCUAGAGUCUUUAGUCAAGUCACUCCUCUUCUGUUUUGAAUCUGAAGAAAGUCCUAAUUUGUUGAAACCCUGGGAAACUUGUAAUCAGAAUACCGGAGAAGAAGGACAACAAUCUAAAUCAAGCAGGACUGACUCCGUGAGGAAUAAAGGUGUACCAAAGCGUGUCUAUGAACUCCAUGGCUCAUACCCAGCAGUGGCGUCAGAGGAAAGCACACCCAGUAGGAUUCAGUGGGUAUGA